UUCGAAGCAUUUCUGCGGAAUUUAUUUCGUAUUUUGGCGGGGUAUCGUAUAUAUAUGAAGUGAUGCUGGAUAAUAAUACGUGUAAGAAGAGUGAACGAGAUGGAGGAUCGUCAGCAGAGGAUUCUAGAGAGAGAACUGUAUCAAAUCGAACAAAUAAGGCAGCUUGAUUCCGAGGAAUUGGAGGUCGAAGAGGUUGAACAUGGCCAUCAGUCAUCCGAAGACGAUCAAUUCGAUGAUCGUAUAUAUGGAGGAGCUUCUGCUUCUGGUGGUUAUACCUUCAAUACAUCUUUGGCUUCAAUGCAUUCUUAUCUUGGUGAGGUUGAAGAUACUCACAAUAGGCUUGCUUUCUUAGAUGGUGGUGUCAUAUUGCAUGUACCUCUAUUUUAUCUUGAAGGUGUAGUUUUGUUCCCUGAAGCAACUCUUCCACUCAGAGUAAUCCAACCCAAUUUUAUAGCUGCUGUAGAUAGGGCCUUGAGACAAGUUGAAGCUCCUUACACCAUAGGAGUGAUUCGUGUUUAUAGAGACAAUGAUGAUGGAAGAAUAAGAUUUUCAACCACUGGAACAACAGCUGAGAUUCGACAAUACAGACGAUUGGAAGAUGGAUCAAUAAAUGUAGUGGCACGUGGGCAACAAAGGUUUCGCUUAAGACGCAGAUGGAUUGAACUUGAAGGAGCUCCAUGUGGAGAGAUACAAAUCAUUGAAGAAGAUUUGCCAUUAAGGACACCACGAGAAGCAGUAGGAAAACUAACACCAUUAAAGAACUUAUCUCAUUCUCAUUCUCAUUCUAAACAACCUCUUCAUGGAAAUCAAGACCAUGAUGACUCAGAUGCCAUGUCAGAUGACAGUUUUGAAAGUGAACUAUCAUUAACUGAACGAAAACUUCAUAGCUCUGCACUUGUUUCUUCUUAUAGCUCACGUUUGUUUGGUGAGUCAACAAGUAGUGAUGAAAAUGAUGAGAAAUCUAAAAACUCGUUACAUACAAGUAAUAAUGAAGAGGUAUUUAGAGGGGCAAAACGGGAAAAUUACAAUUACUCAGUACGUGUACGUGGACUAAGGAAAUGCCCAAGAGCAUAUUGGCCUUAUUGGGUUUACAAGAUGCAUGAUUCAUAUUGUCUUGCCCAAAGGUUAUCAGACAUGUGGAAGAAAAUAGUAGGGACACCAAACAUGGAUGCCCUAAUGAGAAAACCAGGUCUUCUUUCUUUUCAUAUUGCAAGUAAGAUUCCUGUGUCUGAGUCAACUCGACAGGAGCUUUUAGAAAUCGAUGGGAUUUCGUAUCGUUUGCGUCGCGAAAUUGAGUUGCUUGAGAGUUUUGACCGAGUCAAAUGUAAAAGUUGUCAGACUGUGAUUGCGAGCCGAAGUGAUAUGUUGGUGAUGUCAAGUGAUGGACCUCUUGGUGCUUAUGUGAAUCCGAGUGGAUAUGUUCAUGAAAUAAUGACUUUACUUAAAGCAAAUGGAUUAGCACUUAUUGGGGUCCCCUCUGAAGAGUAUAGCUGGUUUCCUGGGUAUGCAUGGACAAUAGCAUAUUGUGCUACGUGUGAAUAUCAAAUGGGGUGGCUUUUCACUGCGACAAAAAAGAAACUAAAGCCUCGAUCCUUUUGGGGGAUUAGGAGCUCUCAAGUGGCGGAUGACAUGCACUAAAAUCAUGUAAUGUUCAAUGAGUUUGUGUGAUUGUAUUUUUCUUCAUAAUGAAAAAUGAUUGAUCAUGAAUUCAUGAUUCAUGCAUAUGUAGGGAAUUGGGAUUUUAAAAGUUGUAUGAUUUUGUUUCUAAUAGAUUUUCUAGUUUUGAUGUUA